GCUGUGUGAGGACGGCAGCCUGCGGAUGUACGCCACCGGCGGCGAGCGGCUCGACUACUGGCUGGCGCCCGCCAUGCGGCCCGUGCACGUGCCGCGCCGGCGGGUGCACAGGCGGGCCGCGCCGCACGCCGUGCGCAAGCAGGUUGUUGCGAAAUCAAAUACAAACGGCUCGCCACAGUUCCCGAUCGAUUUCUUCGAGCACUGUGUCACCAUGACUGAGAUAGAGUUCGGUGGCAACGAUCUGCUGCAAGUGUACAACACGGGACAGAUCAAACACAGACUCAAUACAACCGGUUUAUACGUCGUAUCAACAAAGAUGAGCGGCUUUUCUUUGGAAGUGAUCAACUCCGACUCGAACAUGGUUAUCUGCGGCAUCAGGAUUUUGCUCGGAAGUCAAGAUGUCGCGAGGACGCCCACAUAUGUCGAGAUCUACGGACGUGCGAUACCUACAAUGGUCACACGGAGCCGCUGGUUUGACGUCCCUCUGACCCGCGAGGAAACACUGAACUCUGACAAGAAGCUGAUCAUCACAUUCGGACCGUCUCAGGACCCUGAUGGUGUAACCAUGCUCGACUCACUCAAGGUAUACGGCAAAAAUAAAGAACAAUUUGGAUGGCCGGAAGAGAAUGAAGAUCCGUCUGCCUGCCCGUCAUCCAGUAAAGUGGCCACGGAGUCCGAAGGCGCCAGCGGUGAUCCAAACAAACCGAGCUCAGUAGAGCGCUUAGCGUGCGCGGCCCUGGAAGCACUGGAGCUGGGCGCCAUGGCGACCGCCGGCGCGAGUGCGGGCGCGGCCGCCGGCGCCGCCCACUCGGGCGUGGAGGCGGCCGCCGACGCCGCCAGGAGCUUGUUGUGCGUGCCCGCCUCGCCUCUCUUGCACGCGCGAGCGCAGUGUCUGUUGAGGGCCCUGUAUCAGAACAAUUAUCAUCAAUAUAAGGACCAGGCGGUCGCGCGCUACGUGUGCUCGGUGCUCCGCGAGCUGCGCCACACGCCCGACGCCCGCAACAUCGACCCCGAGGCGUACUUCCGGCUGCUGCUGAUGGCGCGCGAGCUGGCUGUCGCUCGCCCGCACCACGUCGUGGCCUACACCGCGCCCACGCCGCCCAGGCCCGCCUCCGGCGACUGGUCGGUCCUGUGGAAGGAGGGCUCCCCGGAGGCAGGCGAACCGCACCUGCUCGUGCUGCUGGCGAGCGUGCUGUGGCGGCUGGCGGAGUGCCGGCGCGCGGCGCGGGGUCCGCCCGGCCUGCUGGUGUACGGCCUGCGCCACGUGGAGCACACGCUGCACGCGCUGGCGGACGUGGUGCACGCCUUCCAGCUGCACGCGCACCCCGACUGUAUUGAAUUCGGCAACCAAAUAUACCUUUCGUUGCUGUUGGCUGAAGACCAAGACAUAAGUUUCGGUGCUAAAACGGCGCUAAUGAGAGUUUUGCGUCCAAGGGUUAAGAGGCGACGCGUCUACAUUCCUUCACCCCCCAACACACCAGGAGCGGGUUCGUCGGCGACGCUCGGGCCGCCCCCGCGCUCGGAGGCCGGCGCCCGCGACCCCGACCACGACAUGGACGUGGACGACUCGCUCGAGCCCAUGGUGCUGCUGGCGCCCGACGGAGGACUGGAGGCGCUGCUGGACAUCCCGUCCGACGCCGACGACGAGACCAUGGUGGAGCUCGCCAUCGCGCUGUCGCUGCAGGAGCCGGCGCCCGCGGCCGCCGCGCCCGCGCCGCACGCACCGCACGCACCGCACGCACCCGCACCGCACGCGCGGCACGCACCCACCGCGCCCGUCUUCUGCGACACCAACGCCUCGCCUACUGGGUCCGACGACGAGGCCAGCACGGCGGCCACGGACGGCAGCACGCUGCGCACGUCGCCGCACGACGCCGCGGGCUCGGCCGGCUCCGAGAGCUCCGGCCGCAGCAGCGCCUACGCCGGUCCGUCGACGGCGAGCCAGCCCGCCGCGCCGGAGAGCGAGUCCCGCAAGCUGCACGCGCUGCGCGUGUCGCUGCUGUCGGCGGCGCUGUCGGCGCUGCCGGCGCUGUCGGCGCUGGCCGGCGUGCGCGUCAUCCCGUUCGUGCAGGUUGUGCUAAUGCUAGCGGGCGACUUAGACUCCAGCGUAGAAGGUGACCGUGCUGUUCUAGACCGCCUCCUGGAGGAACUGGUUUCGGAACUUGACAUCAGAUCGCAAGAGGCGGGUGUUGAAAGUCGCGACGUAUACUUAGACGCCAAUGCAAACGGGCAGACCCCGCCCAUACACGUGAGAACCAAUCGAAGGGAGUUGCAGCUCAUUAUCAUGAGACUGCUCAGCGUUUUGAUGGCGCGCUGGAAGACUUGCUCGGGCACGGGCGGGUCGUCGGCGGGUCGCGAGCCGGCGUGCGCGGCGCACGUGUCGCGCCUGGCCGCCGCCGCGCUGGUGCGGGCCGCCGCGCCCGCCCACUGCUACCGCGUGCUGGCGGCGCUGCUGCCCCACUGGAGGGAGCGGACGGCCGAUACCGGAGCUGCAACACCGGCACAGCAGUUACUUAAACCCCUGCCGCCGCAGCCGCUUCCCGAUAUGCAGCCGUUCUUCGCUAAAGAAUAUGUUAAGAGUCACGCCCUGGACGUGUUCGACAACUACCCGCAGCUGCUGAUGGAGAUGGCACUGAGGCUGCCGUGCCAGAUCCACAAACAUUGCGACCCCGCCCACUUUGAUUCGCGAUGGCGGACGCUGCUCUGCGAGUACAUGAUGAACCAGCAGACGCCGCUCAGGAAACAAGUGCGAAAACUGCUACUACUCUUGUGCGGCACCCGUGAACGUUACCGACAUCUACGUGACGUGCACGCGUUGGACACGCAUCUCAACGCGGCGCGGGCACUUCUCGACAGCGAGCCCGCUUACGAUGAGCUCGUGCGACUCAUGGACCAUCUCAAGUCGUGUGCGGAGAUAGUGAGCGCGCGCACCGGCAACUGGCAGAGCACGUGCUGCGCCGAGCGGCGCGAGUCGCUGGCGUGGCUGCUCCGCGCGGCGCGGCGCGUGCACCCGCACGUGGCGCCCGCGCUGCUGCAGCUGCUGCAGGCGGCGCUGUGUGCGCCCGGGCCCGCGCCCGGCUCGACCCCGGGCCCCGCGCCCGCCAAGCCCUCAACGGAAUGGCCGGAACGAGAGCGCAGCGCCGACAGCGACGCUAUGGUGUUUGAUGGGUCCAAGUUCCAGGAGCACCGCGUGCCGCAACUUGUGCAGCAGUUGCUGAAGCAGGUUUCACCGGAGGAAUUGAAAUUAUUCAUUAAAGCUUUUUUACUGGAAACGAAUUCGACAGCAGUACGUUGGCAAGCACAUGCGCUGCUCUUAGCAAUUUAUAACAAUUGUUCCGAAACAGAGCAAGCCUCUCUAGUUUCGUUGUUGUGGAGUAUCUGGCCAUCAUUGCCGCAGUACGGACGCAAGGCGGCGCAGUUCGUCGACCUCCUGGGGUACUUCACACUAAAGACCUCCAAUAUAGACACUGAGGGCUACGUGCGCAGCGCGGUAGAGUUGCUGCGGAACCAGAACAAGCUGCUGACGUCGCACGGCAACGCGGCGCUGUACGCGGCCCUGGCGGCCUACGUGGAGCUGGAGGGGUACUUCCUGGAGUCGGAGCCCUGCCUCGUGUGUAACAACCCCGAGGUGCCCAUGGCCACCAUCAAGCUGCCCACUAUUAAGAUCGACUCGAAGUUCACGACCACGACGCAGAUCGUGAAGCUCGUGAACAGCCAGAUGAUCAGCCGCAUCAGCCUGCGCAUCGGAGACAUCAAGCGCAGCAAGAUGGUGCGCACCAUCAACUUGUAUUACAACAACCGGACCGUGCAGGCCGUGCAGGAGCUCAAGAACAAGCCGGCAAUGUGGCACAAAGCGAAGCGUGUCCAGCUGCAGGCGGGACAGAGCGAGGUGCGCGUGGACUUCCCGCUACCCAUCGUGGCCUGCAACCUCAUGAUGGAGUACGCCGACUUCUACGAGAACCAACAGGCCACAGGUGAAUCACUGCAAUGCCCGCGUUGCUCGCAGUCCGUGCCGGCGAACCCAGGAGUGUGCGCCAACUGCGGGGAGAACGUGUUCCAGUGCCACAAAUGUCGGGCAAUCAACUACGAUGAGAAGGACCCGUUCUUGUGCCACGCGUGCGGCUUCUGCAAGUACGCCAAGUUUGACUACACGCUGAUAGCGCGGCCGUGCUGUGCCGUCGACACCAUCGACAACGACGAGGACCGCAAGAAGAUGUUGCAGAACAUCGGGGUGCUGCUGGACAAGGCUGACCGCGUCUACCGCCAGCUGGUGGCCAACAAGCCCGUGCUCGAGUCGCUAGUGCACAAGAUCAGCGAGCACCGCGUGGAGGGGCGGCCCGACGAGAACUGUAACACGAGCACGGCGGCCUUCGGCGGAGUGCAGGUCAACCGCGUCAUACAGACGUUGGCUCACAAGUACUGCAUCGAGAGCAAGGGACACUUUGAAGACCUGUCCAAGAUCAUUCAGAAGGUGCUGGCCUGCAGAAAAGAGUUGAUCGCUUACGAUAAGGCCCAAUGUGAGCAGCAGAAAGGCGAAGCCCUUCCCGCAUACGCGAUCAUUAUGAAGAACUACGACGGAGAUCGUAACAAAGAGAGUGGCAGCUCGUGCUACGGCUGCUCGCUGGCCACGGCCGAGCACUGCCUCACGCUGCUGCGCGCGCUGGCGUCGCAGCGGCCGCAGCGGGCCGCGCUGUGUGGCGCCGGCCUGCUGCUGGAGCUGGUGCACCACAACCUGCACCGCGGCACGCCGCAGAGCCAAGAGGAAGUGCGUUCGCUGAUUUGUUUGGUAACGCGCGACAACCUGGCCGCCACGGAACAGCUGUGCAAGCUGCUCACCCAGCGCAUCACGCUCUCGCUGUUGGGGCACGCCGCUAGCCAGGACCACAACAACUCUGUACGACCAUUGGUGUUGUUACUAGGCUCCCUCGUUAAGAUGCAAGACUCAAUUGACUGCUGGGAAACGAGACUUCGCUGCAUUGUUAAGCUUUGGGUUUGGUGCUGCCCGCAGGUGACGGAGGUGGCCGGCAUCGCGCCCGCCACGGCGGCCAUCUUGAAAGACGACCUGCUCGCGGACAUGCCCGGCAUCAACGCCUCCUCGCCCAACUCACACCAGUAUGCGCUGCAGCAAGUGGGGCUGCCGUGCCUCCGCUAUAUGCAAGAGCUGAUGGCGCCUCUUACUGACUCCACGCCUGCUGCUACAGCCGCCACUGCUACUGUCGACCAGGCCAAGGAUAACGUGAAGCAGUCGAGUGGCGAGGCGAUAGUGCUGCCGAACCAAAGCAGUAGUCUGGUAGUGGACCUGGCGGCGUGGCUGGACGGGCGUGUGGAGCGGCGCCAGUGGAGCCGGCUGGCCGCGCGCCCGCAGCCCGUGCCGCCCGGGUGCGGGCUGCCGCGGCGGGACGCGCACCUGGCGCACAAGUACCUGGCCCGGUGGAGGGAGAAGGUGAUGGUGUCGCACGGAAUGCGAGCCAUGUCUCUGGACGAGGAGGGCUGGCUGCGGCCCGUCAUGUUCGACCCCAGCUCCAAGAUCGCGCGCGACACGGCCUGCCAGAUGGUCAAGUCUCUGUGCGACAACUACGAGCGGACUAAAGCGGUAUUGAUUUUGCUAACAAGCUUUUUGCCGGAUGUUGGAGCUGCCGGCGAAGCGAGUGAGCAGUUCCUGCAACUGUAUCAAAGUCUCGCAUCGGAAGCCCCGUGGAAGCAGUUCCUCGCACUGCGCGGCGUGCUGCAGCAAGUGGCAGACCUCAUGACCAAGGAGAUCGAGCAGCUGCACCGCCUGGAGGAGACCACCCUCACCUCCGACAUGGCGCAAGGGUACGCGCUCAAGCGGCUGACGGAGCUGCUGGGCAUGUUCCUGGAGGAGGCCGGCGCGCGGCGCACGUACAAGGGGCGGCUGGUGGGCGCCGUGCUGGGCGGCUACCUGUCGCUGCGGCGCCUCGUGGUGCAGCGGACGCGGAGCACGGACAGCACGCAGGAGAGGCUGCUGGAGCUGCUGGAGGAGAUGACCACCGGCACGGAGGCGGAGACGGCGGAGUUUAUGGCCGUGUGUAUCGAGACGGUCCGCAAAUACCCGCUGCACGACUACCGCACGCCCGUCUUCAUCUUCGAGCGGCUGUGCUCCAUCAUCUACCCGGAGGAGAACGACGUGGCCGAGUUCUUCCUCACGCUCGAGAAGGACCCGCAGCAGGAGGACUUCCUCCAGGGUCGUAUGUUGGGUAACCCAUACUCGUCAGUGGAGCCGGGCAUGGGCCCGCUGAUGCGGGACGUGAAGAACAAGAUUUGUACGGACUGUGAGCUGGUCGCGCUCCUGGAGGAUGACAACGGGAUGGAGCUGCUGGUGUGCAAUAAGAUCAUGUCUCUGGAUCUGCCCGUCAAAGACGUCUACAAAAAGGUGUGGUGCACGUCGGGCGAGAGUGUGGACGCCAUGCGCGUGGUGUACCGCAUGCGCGGGCUGCUUGGCGACGCCACCGAGGAGUUCGUGGAGACGCUGAGUCAUGGCGGCGCCGAGCACGCCGACGACGAGCAGACCUACCGCAUGGCCAACGUGCUGGCGGACUGCGGCGGCUUGGAAGUGAUGCUGCAGCGCCUGUCGGCCAUCAGCCGUGUGGGCGGGGCGCGCGUGCUGGCGUCGACGUUGCUGCGCCUGCUGAGCCUGUGCGUGCGCGUGCGGCGCUGCGUGCUGGUGCUGACGCGCGGUGACACGAGCGCGCUGCCCGUGCUGCUGCACGCCUUCGCCGGCGCCGCGCACGAGCAGCGCGACGACCUGCUGCAGCAGCUGCUCGAGAUAAUGGAGCGAAUAUUGACGGUGGCGGCGAGCGAGAGCUUGGUGUCGUUCCUGCAGUUCUCGCUCACGUUUGGAGGACCCGAGCACGUGCAGGCUCUGCUCAACUGCACCGAGCUACCUGCAAUCCGCAACAACCCCAGUGCCCUGGGUCACCUGAUGCGCGUCUUAGCGGCGCUCGUGUACGGCAACGACCUCAAGAUGGCCAUGCUGGUGGACCACUUCAAGAAGGUGCUGGACUUCGAGAGGCUGGACUCGGAGCAGUGGACUGACGAGGAGUUCCGCAUGGAGCUGUUCUGUGUGCUGUGCGCCAACAUAGAGCGCAACUCCGUGGGCGGCACGCUCAAGGACUACCUCAUCUCGCUCGGGGUGGUCAGGGACGCCUUGGACUAUAUCAUCAAGCGCGCUCCGUGCGUGAAGCCGACUCUGGUGUGCACCGACUCGGACGAGCUGAAGGAGUUCAUCAGUAAGCCGGCUCUCAAGUUCAUUCUGCGGUUCCUGACGGGUCUCGCUCACGAUCACGAACCGACACAGAUGCUGGUCUGCGAGAAGGUGAUCCCGAUAGUGCACCGCUUGGAGCAAGUGUCGUCGGGCGAGCACGUGGGCUCGCUGGCUGAGAACCUGCUGGAGGCCCUGCGCUCACAGCCGGAGUGCGCAGAGCGGGUGCAGCACGUGCGGGACUACACGCGCCAGGAGAAGAAGCGCCUCGCCAUGGCGGUGCGGGAGCGCCAGCUGGGGGCCCUGGGCAUGCGCAGCAACGAGCGCGGGCAGGUGACGGCGCAGUGCUCGCUGACGCAGCAGGUGGCGGAGCUGGCGGAGGAGGCGGGCGCCGUGUGCUGCAUCUGUCGCGAGGGCUACAAGUACCAGCCCACCAAGGUGUUGGGCAUUUACACGUUUACGAAACGGUGCCCGGUGGAGGAGUACGAGGUGCGCGCCCGCAAGACGCUGGGCUUCACGACCGUGUCGCACUACAACAUAGUGCACGUGGAGUGUCACCUGGCCGCCGUGAGGCAGCAGCGGGCCCGAGACGAGUGGGAGAGUGCGGCGCUGCAGAACGCAUCGACGAGGUGUAACGGCCUGCUGCCGCUGUGGGGACCCAACGUGCCCGAGUCUGCCUUCACGAGCUGUCUGGCGCGCCACACCACCUACUUACAGGAGUGCACCGGGCACCGCGACAUCAACCACCAGUGCGUCGUGCACGACCUCAAGCUGCUGCUGUGGCGCUUCGCCCGCGGGCGCACCUUCCACGACGACACGGGCGGCGGAGGCCCGCUGUCCAACAUGCAGCUGGCGCCCGCGCUGCUGCAGAUGGCGCUCUUCCUCAUGAACGCGACCCGCGUGGUUGGCCGCGAAGUGGCAGCUUUGGAGGGAUUCCUGUCAUGGACCCCGCAGAAGUUGCUGGAGUCUGCGCACGAGGCGGAGGGGGUGCAGUACUACCUCACGCUCAUGCUGAUGCUGUAUCCUCAUUCCAAAUGGAGGGUUCACCGAAUAGAGAUGCUGCGGCGCCUGCUGGUGACGGGCCACGUGCGCGGUGCGGGCCCACUGGCGGAGCAGGGCGGGCCGCGGGGCUGGGCCCACUACCGGGCCUACGCCGUGAGCAUGGCGCUGGCGGACCGGCUGUACGCCGACAUGUUCAAGAACGUGACGACGCCGAGCGUCGACCAAUGGCCGGCCAAGCUGGCCGAGUACAUCCGCAUGAGCGACGAGCCCAUCGCCAAGGCGGCCGAGCGCGUCGUGAGCAGCCUCACGGACGAGCUGCUGCCGUGCACGACCUUCGCCGAGUUCUGUGACGCCGCCGGCCUGCUCGGAGACAUCCCGGAGCCCGACACCUUCCUGCAGCGUCUGAUCGACGACCAGCCCUGAUGCACCCGACCCGACUGUGUACUCAUUUAAACUAAUUGGCUAUUAACCCGUUUUAAAUGUAUUCAUAUGUACCGCAAUUGUAUUUUGAUGUAGCUUUGUUUCGGUUUUGUUUGCGUAAUAAACUUUCUGCUUAGA